CUCACAAAUCCAAAGAAGCCAAAUUCACAGUCGAAGCUCCCAGAGACUUCACCGCCACUCCCUAGCACGGCGAGCCUCCGUCGCAAAACCCUAGCUCUCCCUCUCUCUCUCCGCCGAAAUGAACUGCUCAAUCUCCGGUGAGGUGCCGGAAGAGCCCGUCGUCUCUAGGAAGUCUGGUCUGCUCUUCGAGAAGCGGUUAAUAGAGCGCCACAUCUCGGAAUAUGGAAAAUGCCCAAUCACCGGCGAAGCUCUCACCGCUGAUGAUAUCGUUCCGGUUAAAACCGGCAAGAUAGUGAGGCCCAGACCUGUACAAGCUGCGAGUAUCCCUGGCAUGCUCGGAAUGUUUCAGAACGAAUGGGACAGUUUGAUGCUAUCCAAUUUUGCGAUGGAGAAACAACUACAUACAGCAAGGCAAGAGUUAAGUCACGCUUUGUAUCAGCAUGAUGCUGCUUGUCGUGUUAUUGCAAGACUCAAGAAGGAGAGGGACGAAGCAAGAUCGUUACUUGCUCAGGCAGACAGACAAAUUCCUAUGGCAGACAGACAAAUUCCUAUGUCAACCCCAGCCACUGCUGUUGCAGGGAAUGCUCCUGUCCAUAGCAAUGGAACACAAGUUGCUGAUGACCAGAUUGGACAUGGUGUGAUGAAUAUGCGCCCUGGGAUAUCCCCCACUAUCCUAGCUGAGCUGACAGACUGUAAUACAGCACUAUCACAGCAGCGAAAGAAGCGACAAAUAUCUUCCACAUUGGCUCCCAUUGAUGCUUUGGAGAGGUAUACUCAGAUAUCCAGUCAUCCUCUUCAUAAAACAAGCAAGCCAGGAAUUUUGUCGAUCGAUAUUCAUCAUGAAAAGGACAUCAUUGCAACUGGAGGAGUUGAUACAAAUGCUGUAAUCUUUGAUCAAUCAUCUGGCCAAAUCUCAUCUACUCUUAGUGGUCAUUCAAAGAAGGUUAACAGCGUCAAAUUUGUAGGCCGUGAUAAUCUGGUCAUAACUGGGUCGGCAGACAAGACAGUUCGCAUAUGGCAAGGCUCCGAUGAUGGGAAUUACAACUGUAACCACACGUUGAGGGAUCAUGCAGCUGAGGUGCAAGCUGUUACUGUUCAUGCCACAAAUAACUACUUCGUAACUGCAUCUCUUGAUAGUACAUGGUGCUUUUACGAUAUCACCUCCGGGCUAUGUCUAACACAGGUUCAGGAUACUUCAGAAUCUCAAGGUUACACAUCUGUGGCCUUUCAUCCUGAUGGUCUCAUCCUCGGAGCAGGUACCUCAGAGGCUGUUGUCAAAAUCUGGGAUGUGAAAAGUCAGACACGGGUUGCUAAAUUCGAUGGACAUAUUGGGGCAGUAAAUUCCAUCUCCUUCUCUGAAAAUGGUUACUUUCUUGCGACUGCCGCUAGUGAUGGUGUUAAACUUUGGGAUCUUCGCAAAUUGAGGAACUUCAGGACAUUUACUCCAUAUGGUCCUGAGACGCCAACAAACUCUGUUGAAUUUGACUUCAGUGGGAGUUACCUUGCUGCUGCAGGCUCUGAUAUAAGAGUCUUCCAAGCUACUAGUGUCAAACAAGAAUGGAACACUAUAAAAACUUUCCCUGAUAUGUCUGGCACAGGUAAAGCAACUAGUGUAAAGUUUGGCCCAGAUGCCAAAUAUAUUGCAGUAGGAUCAAUGGACCGAAAUCUACGGAUUUUUGGCUUGCCUGGCAGUGAUGUUGAGAUGGAGUCCUGAAGGGAAGCAGAGUAUUUUGACGUCUGUUUAUUAGCUCUGUGGGCGUGGAGAGGUGGUUCUGAAGCAAAUUGUACCUAUGGGCAUUCUGCCUUGUAUUCCUUGUGUAGUAGUGUCAACUGAGUUUUAGACAUUGUUUAGGGAGAAAAAAAGAGAAGGAAAAACAGAAUGAGAUUAAAGAUUAUUAGUCGGGGAAUGCUCGAGAGAUUUUCUAUUAUCUUGGCAUCUUGUACUCUAUCAUUGCUGAUGUUGUAGUUCUGUACCAAAAUUUCCAUAUGUUCUUAAUGAGACUAGUCUUCUGGGAGAUUCGCUCGAAUUUCAUGUUUCGAGCCUCGAAAGCUAUAACAUGAAGAGUUGUUUCUCCUAAGCACUCUUUAAAUUGUAGAUUCUUUAUGGGGGUUUGAUAAUUAAGGGCAUUUAAAGACCCAAAAUGUUAAUUUGA